CUUGCCGCUGCCUACCGGGCGCGGCCAUGAAGAAUGACAUGACCCAGCUGCGCCUAUAGAGACUUGCGUCGUCGUCAAUUCCCUCGUCGUCGCUUUCACCUUCUUAUGUCGUGCGACUGCAUACAGUUUGUACUUCAUAUACUUGCAAACAGCCGCAUUCAUCUCUGAUGACUAUGUCUAAUUUCCUUCCCACUUUCAGCGUUCAUCUUUGAGGUUCCCGGUUCCCCCGCUACCUCCGCACCCCGACCAUUCUCACUUCCGUGAGACUGUCUCUCACGCUCUGCGCACAACAACAUGGUGCAAACCCAGGGGAUGUGGACGAAGACGAAGACCGGCUCGAAGGCUGGCUUCGACAAAGUCUACGGAUGGGUUGACAAACUCGGUGCACCCAUCAACAGACUAUCAAACAAACUAGGUGCUGAAGCCUUUUGGCCUACAACUCUCGAUAAAGAGAGCGACAAGGCCGCGCGCAUCCUCAAAAGCUUUUGCAAGGAUGGCUUCUACCAGGAGGAAGAACGCCCGACAGCUGAAGGGCCUAAGGCGAAGCAAAGGGUUCUGAAGAAAAUACCGGCAGAGGUAAUCCAAAAUGCUAAAGGCAUUGCUAUCUUCACCGUCAUGCGCACCGGCCUCUGGAUCUCUGGCGCUGGAGGAAGCGGGAUACUCGUCGGCCGAAAAGAAGAUGGAUCGUGGUCGCCUCCGUCCGGUAUCAUGUUGCACACAGCUGGCCUGGGCUUCCUCGUAGGAGCAGACAUCUACGAUUGCGUUGUGGUGAUAAACACUCAGGAAGCUUUGGACGCCUUUUCCAAGGUCCGCUGCACUCUAGGUGGAGAAGUCAGUGCGGUGGCUGGGCCCCUGGGCGUUGGUGGAGUGCUUGAGUCGGAAGUACAUAAAAGACAGGCGCCCAUCUUCACAUACCUCAAGUCAAGAGGUUUCUACGCCGGAGUCCAAAUCGACGGGACCAUCGUAAUUGAGCGCACCGACGAAAACGAGCGAUUCUAUGGAGAAAGGAUCGGCGUAGUCGAUAUAUUGGCUGGAAAAGCGAGGCACUUGCCUAUUGAGACGCAACGCCUCAUGGCGACCUUGAAAGCCGCUCAAGGCGACACAGAUGUGGAUCAAUCAUUAUUACCGAGCGAGCCACCGCCAGCCGAUUAUGAAAUUGUCAAAGACGAAAAAACCUUUGGCGUUCCUGACGAGGAGGAUCCGGACCCAUACGGAGUGUUGGCCCUGGAGACCGCCGGUCUAGUCAUUAGGGAAGCCGGCACACGAAAACGACCAACCAGUGAACAAUUCGAGUUCAAGCCAUCACCAACAAGCCCUGUCUACAAUACAUUCCGCAAGAGUUUUGACCAACGUUCGAGUAUCGAUGGACGAAGCAUGAGCCGGAGAUCCAGUUGGAGAACAAGCACAAUGAGCAACAUUACGGAAUCCCGCAACAGCAAAAUGGUAGACAUGUGUACGCAAACUGAUUUCGAAGAGCCUCCUGCCCUAAAAGUUCCACCCGCAUUGCCCCCAAGAAACCCCCCAAUCAACAACCCCAUCACCAGUCCAGUCUUGGCCGAAAUUCCAGAAUCAAACAGCAUAGAUGAGUUCAAUGUUCAAUCAAAGAAGGAAACAACCGAGAAGGAUGCCGACAGCCAACGAGAGAUUGAUAAUGAUGUCAAGAACGAUAAAGACGAGAAAACCCAGACCGCGGACAACGCAGAUAAGAAGCACGACAAGACAGAGACUAAAAAUGAAGACUCAGAUUCAUUCAAAGACGUCAAGCUGGAAGACAACGACUCGUCGUCGGAAGAAGAAUCUGACGAAGAAGAAGAAGAAGAGGAGCCGGUUAUCCAGGAAAUCCAUCAGGCUGCUGCACCUCAAGUAAUUUCUCGUGCUCGCGUCGUUACUGUAGCCAAGCCAAUCCCCCCAAGGAUUCCCAUUAGGAACCCCGAUCGCCGUGGUCGAUUCUCAGCACACUCCGAUAUGGCUGCCUCCAACAUGAGCCCACCAUCGACGCCAUCGCUCAGGCACGACGCCUCCUCCACCUCUGAUCAGGAAAGCAUCUCCUCUUCCGAAGGCUUCGAGCACAUCAGCCAACAGCUUCGACCAAAAUUCUCCAACGAGGCCGAGAAGAAGGAGGACAAGGACGAGUUCCAAUCCGCGCCUGCAUCACCCACCAAGACUGUUCCCGGAGGGUUUGUUGAGCAUUAGAUUAGGCGACUCUUGACUUCGCUGCAGCAGCAGUGACACGAAUUACGACAAAUUCAGCCCAUAGUUACUCGGGAUAUUUAAUUGGAGAGCGGCAUUCUGAAGCUAAUAAUCAGUUUUUCCAUUCUUUUGUAAAUGUAAUGCAUUAAGGUUCAUCGAGGCCAAUUUGUUAAUUCAUGUCACGACGCUACGCAAUUCCUUCGUUUAUGGUGGACUAAGUUAUAUGUAUGUCUUUUUGUAGGAUUGAUAAAACAUGUUGUCCCACACGAGCUAUCCCCAUCUUAAUCUGAACUUCAUA